UUUUUCUCUCCUUUCUCUCAUCUCCACUUUCCCUAAAAUGGAGCUUCCCUUUGGGAAAUACUCCAGUACUUCAACCCAAAGAACCCCAAGAAUAUUCUUAAUUUUAGUUUUAGCAGUUACAGUUCUUGGUCUAAUCCCUCUUUAUCACCCAUUUAAUUGGUACCCAACAGAUUUAGUAACCCAAUAUCCAUCUGAAAUUUCACCCACAUACCAUGCUGAAGAGCAAAAAAUAAAGAUUAAAGAACCAGAGACAUGUGAUAUUUUUACUGGAGAAUGGGUUUGGAAUCCGGAUGGUCCAUAUUACACGAAUAUGACAUGUUAUGCAAUCCAUGAGCAUCAAAAUUGUAUGAAAUAUGGAAGACCAGAUAGUGAUUAUUUGAAGUGGAGAUGGAAGCCUAAUGGGUGUGAAUUGCCUAUUUUUAACCCGUUUCAGUUUUUGGAUAUGGUUAGAAAUAAGUCUUUGGCACUUGUCGGUGAUUCAGUUGGAAGAAAUCAAAUGCAGUCCUUGAUUUGCCUCUUGGCUCGGGUGGAAUAUCCUGUUGAUAUAUCUGAUAAUCCAGAUCAAGCUUUCAAAAAGUACAAAUACACAACUUACAACUUUACACUAGCAACAUAUUGGUCACCCUUUUUGGUGUCAACUAAAGAAGCAGAUGCAGAUGGUCCAAGCCAUACUGGAGUCUACAACCUUCACCUUGACCAAGCAGACGAGAAAUGGACCACCGAAAUUGAAGGAUACGACUACGUCAUCUUAAAUGCCGGCCACUGGUUUGCCCGGGUCAGUGUCUAUUUCGAGAACAACGAACGAGUCGGCUGCCGGUACUGCGGAAUACCGAAUGUUCCUGAACUCCCACUUACCUAUCCCUACCAAAAGGCAUUCAGAACUGCUUUUAAAGCGAUCAACAACUUAGAAAAUUUUAAGGGGGUGGCAAUUCUUCGGACUUUUGCACCAUCUCAUUUUGAAGGAGGGGAAUGGGACAAGGGAGGUGAUUGUGUAAGGACAAGGCCAUAUAGAAGUAACGAAACAGCGUUGGAGGGUCAAAGCUUGGAGCAAUACAGGAUCCAAGUAGAAGAGUUUAAGGUUGCAGAGAAAGAAGGGAAGAUAAAGGGGAAGAAAUUCAGAUUGAUGGACACAACACAAGCCAUGUGGUUGAGACCAGAUGGUCAUCCAAGUAAAUAUGGGCAUUGGCCAAAUGCAAAUGUGGUAUUGUAUAAUGAUUGUGUUCAUUGGUGCUUGCCUGGUCCUAUUGAUUCUUGGGCUGAUUUCUUGUUUCAUAUGUUCAAGAUGGAGGGCACCAGAUUCCCAGAAGAAAAGCUUCAAUGAGAGCAAAAAUAUACAAUGUACUCUGAUUUUUUUAUUUGCUUCAUUUGUUUUUAGGAUUACUGUCAUUGAAAGAGGAACUCUGUUACUUGGAUCGUUAUGGUUGUGUUGAAAAUGUAACCAUAGCACUGUUAGAAAAGUGGUUUAACAAAAAAGCCUUGUUGAAGUUUAUAGAGCUGAUGAUAUUUCUCCCCA